AUGGGUAAAUUAACUUUAUUACCCGCUGUCAUAAUACUCAUCAUGGAGUUAGGCGCACCCGUCAGUGGAAUGACCGAGGUGGAAAUGGAUGCCAUGUUACGGCCAAUAAUUGGUUUUGGUGACCCCGAUUACCCCCAGCUAUACGAACGUAAACAAUUGGAGGCCUAUUCGAAGGGAACUCUGGACGAGUGGUUACCCCAUUAUAAAUCAGUAUACGAUAUGAAUGCAGACAUGAUAUCAAUCAGAGAUGGCUAUACGCGGGCAAUGAUAGCCGCGGCUAAACCCGAUUCAAAUUACCUUAACAAAUGGGUUUACGGGACAAUAAACACAGUGAAGGCCGACGUUCCCCGCCGUAUAAUACGGUCACAGCUAUCAAUCUACACAUCGUUUAUAAUGACAAACAGCUUUGAUAGGGUGCACGCAUGCGACUGGUCUAACAUACCUGUGCCCACCGGGAAUUACUCAAAAUCUAUCGGAAUCUUAUUAUUUAAAGCGCUGCUUAAUGCGGACAAAACCAAACCAGCAACUACGCUUCCAGUGCUUCCAACGCUUCCAGCUUCCAAUACUGGGUCAGGCGUUGCCAGUGUAAUGACUGAACAGGAUUUGGAUACGAUGUUACGGCCAAUCAUCGGUUUUGGUGAUCCUAAUCACCCCCAGCUAUACGAACGUAAACAAUUGGAGGCCUAUUUGACUUCCGACGUUCCCCGCCGUAUAAUACGGUCACAGCUAUCGGUCUACACAUCGUUUGUAAUGACAAACAGCUUUGAUAGGGCGCACACAUGCGACUGGUCUAACAUACCUGUGCCCACCGGGAAUUACUCAAAAUUUAUAGGAAUCUUAUUAAUUAAAGCUCUGGUUAAUGCGGACAAAAAUAUGAUUAUGGUUAACAAAAACAUGACUAUGGUUAACAAAGACAUGAUUAAGGUUGACAAAGGCGUUCCCAGUGUAAUGACUGAACAGGAUGUGGAUAUGAUGUUACGGCCGAUAUUCGGUUUUGGUGACCCCGAUUACCCCCAGAUAUACGAACGUAAACAAUUGGAGGCCUAUUGUAAUCAAAAACAGAAUAAGGGUGCCGGAUCUGAUGUUAAUAACAUAUUGCAAAAGUUGUAUGGUAAAAGUCCAAGUGCUGCCAAAUUUAUCAAGUUUGGAUACGAAUUGGUUCAGUCAUAUAACCUGACGUGCGAUAGAAUAGCGAACGGAACUCUGGACGAGUGGUUACCCUAUUAUAAAGAUAUACACGAUAUGAAUGCAAACAUGAAACCAAUCAGAGAUGGCUAUACGCGGGCAAUGAUGAUAUUAAUACAUGUGGGUAUUCUACUGAUCUUGGUGUGCGGCGCUUUCAGCGAAGUGACCGAACUGGAAUAUGACAAUUAUAUACGCCCGAUACUUGGUUAUGGUGAUAUGGAAUACCCGGCGUAUCACAAACGUGACCAAUUAGAGGCCUAUUAAAUACAUGAUAUGAAUGCCGAUAUGAAACCGAUCAGAGAUGCCUAUACGCGGGCAAUGGUAGCCGCGGCCCAACCCAACACUAAAUACACAGUCGACGACGUCAUGUGUUUCAACCGCGGGCUCGUAUGCGACUGGUCUAACAUACCGGCCCCUAUUGGACCGCACGUUAAAUCCCCGACUCUUCUCACGGCUAAGGCUUUGGCCAAUUUAGACAAUAAAAACAAAAUCUCCCAGGCUUCAGGCACAAUGACCGAGGAAGAAUUGGACAAAGUGUGUACCAGCAUGGUCGGUUUCGGUGACCCGGAGUAUCCACAGGUUUACAAACGUGAACAAUUGGAAAACUACUAAACAUGCGAUCAAAUCAGGAGCGGAACACUGAAAGAGUAUUUACCAUUUUAUAAAGAAAUACAUGAUAAAAAUGCAGACAUGAAACCUAUUAGAGAUGGCUUUACGCGGGCAAUGGUAGCCGCGGCCCAACCCAAUACACAGUACAAUAUCGAUGAUAUCAUGUGUUUUGUCAAUACGUGGGUUCAUAAGACUGUAAAGACAGUGAAUAGCACAGCCGCCCAACAUAUUAUUGCAAAACAAUUGCAUUAUUAUAGCGCUUACGCCCUAAAACACAGUCUUCAUAGAGUGCAGGCGUGCGACUGGUCUAACAUACCCGCGCCUACCGGACCCCAACCCCGGACAAUAACUAUCCUCAUUAUGAAAGCAUUGGUCAAUUGGGAUAACAAAACAAAGGCUAAUUGA